AUGUUGUCCGCCAGGAAAUUUAGUUCGCCUUUGCGCAGAAUGUUUCACACAGGAGUUGCUGCCUUUAAGGAAGUUUCUUUACGUAUUGAUGACACACCAGUGACAAUUGAAGCUGGAUCAUCUAUCAUUCAGGCGGCAGAAAAGGCAGGUAUUAAAAUUCCUCGAUAUUGUUAUCAUGAUAAGCUCCAGGUUGCUGGUAACUGUCGUAUGUGCCUGGUUGAGGUUGAACAUUCUAGAAAAAUGGCAGCAGCAUGUGCCAUGCCUGUCGCUCAGGGAAUGCAUGUUUUAACCAAUACGAAAACUGUUAAGAAAACUCGUGAAGGUAUAACCGAGUUUCUACUUUCUAAUCAUCCGUUGGAUUGUCCAAUCUGUGAUCAGGGAGGAGAAUGCGAUCUUCAGGAACAGACUCUGCGUUUUGGCUCAGAUAGAGGACGGUUCAACGAGGUUACAGGAAAAAGGGCUGUGGAAAAUAAGGCUAUCGGACCUUUAGUGAAGACUUCAAUGAAUAGAUGUAUUCACUGUACAAGAUGUGUGAGAUUCCUCAACGAGGUUGCCGGUGCCCCUGAAUUUGGCACCACUGGUCGUGGUAAUGAUCUCCAAAUUGGUACAUUUGUCGAAAGAAAUGUCAAUUCUGAGUUGAGCGGUAAUAUUGUGGACUUGUGUCCAGUUGGUGCCCUCACUUCAAAGCCUUACGCAUUUAAGGCUCGUCCCUGGGAGUUAAAGAAGACUGAGACUAUUGAUGUGAUGGAUGCAUUAGGAUCUGCCAUCCGUGUUGAUGCUAGAGGAUCAGAAGUCAUGAGAGUCUUGCCAAGAAUUAAUGAGGAUAUAAACGAAGAUUGGAUAUCCGACCGGACAAGAUACAGUUAUGAUGCCUUGAAGGUGCAGAGACUCACAAGGCCGCUACUUAGACAAGGUUCAUCCUUUGUCGAUGCAACUUGGGAUCAGGCUUUAGGCUACAUUGCUGCAGAAGUGGGAAAAAUUUCCCCGGCGAAGAAUGAGGUUAAAGCUGUUGCAGGACCUCUUGCUGAUGUUGAAUCUUUAGUUGCUUUAAAGGAUCUUGUAAACCGACUUGAUUCUGAUAACUUGGCAUUCGAUGUUAAUGUACAAUCGACGCCGUCUGUUGAUGUCAGAUCCAAUUAUUUAUUCAACUCUACCAUUUCAGGAAUUGAUGAGUGUGAUGAGAUGCUAAUUAUCGGAUCUAAUCCUAGGUUUGAAGCCGCUGUUCUCAAUUCCAGGAUUAGAAAACGUUGGUUGAACUCAGAUUUGGAGAUCUUUCACGUUGGAGAAAAGUUUGCAUCGACUUUUGAUAUGACAGAGUAUGGAGUUACGGGUGCCGAUUUGAAGCGUGCUCUUGCUGGGCUUGUUGGUCAUAAACUAUCUUCUGCUUCCAAACCAAUGAUUAUUGUUGGAUCUGGUGUGAUGGAAAAUCAUGAUGCCGCAGCCCUUGAAAAGAUUGUCAGAAACUUUGCGAAGACAUAUCUCAACUUCAACAGUCCAGAGUGGAACGGUUUUAACUUGUUACAUCGUGAAGCUUCUAGGGUUGGAGCCUUGGAUAUUGGUUUUGUCGCACCAUCAAAAGCAGUUAGUGAGACUAAGCCCAAGGUGGUGAUUUUGCUUGGUGCUGAUGAAAUGUCAGCAUCCUCCAUUCCAAAAGAUGCAUUUGUGAUCUACGUUGGUCAUCAUGGUGAUUUGGGUGCAUCUCUGGCUGAUGUUGUUCUUCCAGCUUCUGCCUACACUGAAAAAUCUGCAAUUUAUGUGAAUACUGAAGGCCGUGCACAGACAACUAGGGCUGCGGUUGGUCCUCCAGGAGCUGCAAGAGAAGAUUGGAAAAUUUUCAAAGCUAUGAGUGAAUACAUGGGCAUUGGCCUUCCUUAUGAAAAUAUACACCAGCUUCAUUCAAGGCUUCAGACCAUUGCACCACAUCUAUUGCGGUUUGAAGAAUUGGAAAGAACAUCGCCCGAGAUUGCAAAGCUGGGUUUGGAUGCCAACUCCGGUCGUCAUAGACUCACUGGUGCACCUUUGGUCAACCCAAUAACGAACUACUACUUUACAGAUGUUAUAUCAAGAAACUCAAAGACUAUGGCACAGUGUGUUGGAAGUUUUGGUGCCAAGAUUGAUAAGGUUCACGAUGAGAAUGCCCACGCUUUUCUAGGUGUUGCUUGA